UCGGUCAUCCCCGCCGGCCUCGCCCCGCAGCCAUGGCCGCCGGCCCCGCGCCGCCCCCCGGCCGCCCCCGGGCGCAGAUGCCGCAUCUGAGGAAGGUGCGAGGCGGAUGGAGCGGGUGGUCGUGAGCAUGCAGGACCCCGACCAGGGCGUGAAGAUGCGGAGCCAGCGCCUGCUGGUCACCGUCAUUCCCCACGCGGUGACAGGCAGCGACGUCGUGCAGUGGUUGGCCCAGAAGUUCUGCGUCUCGGAGGAGGAGGCCCUGCACCUGGGCACCGUCCUGGUGCAGCAUGGCUACAUCUACCCGCUGCGCGACCCCCGUAGCCUCAUGCUCCGGCCAGAUGAGACGCCCUACAGGUUCCAGACCCCGUACUUCUGGACAAGUACCCUGUGGCCGGCUGCAGAACUGGACUAUGCCAUCUACCUGGCCAAGAAGAACAUCCGAAAACGGGGGACCCUGGUGGACUAUGAGAAGGACUGCUAUGACCAGCUACACAAGAAGAUCAACCACGCGUGGGACCUGGUGCUGAUGCAGGCGAGGGAGCAGCUGAGGGCAGCCAAGCAGCGCAGGAAGGGGGACAGGCUGGUCAUUGCGUGCCAGGAGCAGACCUACUGGCUGGUGAACAGGCCCCCGCCCGGGGCCCCCAAUGUGCUGGAGCAGGGUCCGGGGCGGGGAUCCUGCGCUGCCAGCCGUGUGCUCAUGACCAAGAGUGCAGAUUUCUAUAAGCGGGAGAUUGAGUACUUCAGGAAAGCGCUGGGCAGGACCCGAGUGAAGUCGUCCGUCUGCCUUGAGGCGUACCUGAGUUUCUGCGGCCAGCGUGGACCCCACGACCCCCUCGUGUCGGGGUGCCUGCCCAGCAAUCCCUGGAUCUCAGACAAUGACGCCUACUGGGUCAUGAAUGCCCCCACGGUGGCUGCCCCCACGAAGCUCCGUGUGGAGAGAUGGGGCUUCAGCUUCCGGGAGCUCCUGGAGGACCCCAUGGGGCGGGCCCACUUCAUGGACUUUCUGGGAAAGGAGUUCAGUGGAGAAAACCUCAGCUUCUGGGAGGCAUGUGAGGAGCUUCGAUAUGGAACGCAGGCCCAGGUCCCCACCCUGGUGGAUGCCGUGUAUGAGCAGUUCCUGGCCCCCGGAGCUGCCCGCUGGGUCAACAUCGACAGCCGGACCAUGGAGCAGACCCUGGAGAGGCUGCGCCAGCCCCACCGCUACGUCCUGGAUGACGCCCAGCUGCACAUAUACAUGCUCAUGAAGAAGGACUCCUACCCAAGGUUCCUGAAGUCUGACAUGUACAAGGGCCUCCUGGCAGAGGCUGGGAUCCCGCUGGAGACGAAGAGACGCGUGUUCCCGUUUACGUGGAGGCCACGGCACUCGAGCCCCAGCCCUGCACUCCUUCCCACCCCUGUGGAGCCCACAGCGGCUUGUGGCCCUGGGGGUGGAGAUGGGGUGGCCUAGUGGACCUGGCCCAUCUGCCACUCUAGUCCCUGCAGCUCAAUGUCCUGCGUGAAUGCAGCAGCCACCCCCCUCUUGGCCCAGGUCCUGGGGGCUGCUGAACCCAGCACCAGUGUCCCCUUGUGCCCAGGGGGCCCAGUCUUGCUGUGGGGUGCACAGCCUCCCUCCCUCCAGCAAGCCCUCCCUGCCCAGAAGGAAUGGGUCCAGGUGUGGAUUCCCAGGGAGGGGGUUCAUUGGCACAGCUUGGCUCAGGGCAGCGCCUGUUACCUGAAGAGAGGUGAGACCAAGGCCACAGGGAGCUCCACCUUCUCUGGUCUUCAGUCCAGCACUGGGUGCCCAUCCUCAUCUCUAAAACCAGUAAAUCAGCCAGCGAAUACCCAGAAGCAAGAUGCACAGGCGGGCGGCUUCCCACACACCCGUCACAAGACGCGGACAUGCAGGUCUCGGCGCGAGCUCUGCCCCGUCCAAGCGCCUCUCCGCUGUCGCCCAGUGUGAGCCUGGAAGAGGACCCAAGAGAGUGCCGUGCUGAGGCUGCCUCGAGGUCACUGCCUUCUGGAGCUGCGCCUAUUCCUCCCUCGCCAAACGCGUUCCAGAAUUUGUCCACAGGUGCGCCGGCACCUGCUUUUCCACCUCGAGGCCGCGGCCUCCCCCCCAGAUUUAUAGACAACUCUGACAUUGUCACCCCACUGACGAGGCCCCUGAUUCCAUAGGGUGGAUCCUUGCCAGGUGUCCCUGAUCCUCCCUGCCCAAGCCUUCCUUCGUGAGCUGGCAUUGCUCCCCAUCCCCCAAGUGCCUCACCACUCCCCCAGACUGGGUGAAGGUACAGCUGGCUCCUUUUGGGGGUGCAGCUUCAACUCUCUCGGCGGUAGGGCGGUGCCAUCCCCACAUAUAGGGCUGGCUCACAUCCAGUCACUCCCAACAGCAUCCAGCACACAAAUAAAAGACCCUUGGGCCCUGGCUCUGA